CACAUGCGCACUGAGCGAAGCCGUGAACAGCUCAACCGCAGAUGCACGAGGAGACAGGAAGAGGACAAUAAAGGGGAAUAAUAAAGUAAAUAAAAGAGGGAAUAAAGAGAAGAGAGAAUACCGGAGGAGGGAUGAACCAGUUGGAGCGUUCAAGAGACGAGGAGGACCAGGAAGAGACAGAGUGUCACCAUGACAACAGUGACGGGACCAACAAUAACAACAACAACAACCGACGCAAGACGGUGUGUCCAGGUGUAGCUGAACACCCCCUCCAGUAUAACUACACCUUCUGGUACAGCAGAAGAACUCCGAGUCGUCCUGCGAGUUCUCAGAGUUACGAACAAAACAUCCGACAGAUCAGCAGCGUGGCGUCGGUGGAGCAGUUCUGGAGGUUUUACAGCCACCUCGUCAGACCAGGUGAUCUAAGUGGACACAGUGACUUCCACCUGUUUAAGGAGGGAAUCAAACCCAUGUGGGAGGAUGAUUCCAACCGCAUGGGGGGGAAGUGGAUCAUUCGUCUCCGUAAAGGUUUAGCCAGUCGAUUCUGGGAGAACAUCAUACUGGCCAUGCUGGGAGAGCAGUUCAUGGUGGGAGAAGAGAUCUGUGGAGCCGUGGUCUCCAUACGCUUCCAGGAGGACAUCUUGUCUAUCUGGAACAGAACGUCCAACGACCAAACAACGACAUCCAGAAUCAGAGACACUCUGAGACGAGUUCUGAACCUUCCAGCCAAUACCAUCAUGGAGUACAAGACCCACAACGACAGCCUCAGGGACAACUCGAGCUUCAGAAACACCAAGAUUUCUCUCUGAAGUGUGUGUGUGUGUGUGUGUGUGUGUGUGUGUGUGUGUGUGUGUGUGUGUGUGUGUGUGUGUGUGUGUGUGUGUGUGUGUGUGUGUGUGUGUGUGUGUGUGUGUGUGUGUGUGUGUGUGUGUGUGUGUGUGUGUGUGUGUGUGUGUGUGUGUGUGUGUGUGUGUGUAAUAAACUGACUGGAUUCAAGUUGCAGUGUUUUAUUGUUUACAGCAUUGAUUAGUGAUCAGCAUUAUCUUUUCAUUUUUAACCGAACUGUACAGUGAAACCAGUACAGUGCUUUGUGGUCUCCCGGAAGCUUGCCGAGUUUGAUCAGACAGGAAUUUGGUGUUUUAUUUGUAAAAAUUAAAAUGUAUUUUCUGUUGGUUACUCAUUUAGUCUGUUCCCCUCUUGUAAAGUAAUAUAAAGUACAUCUACUUAAGUAUUUGACAUCAUCACGUAAAUGUUAUUCAUCAAUGAAGUCAGGACGGUUCUAAACAGACUAAUUCAAGCUGCAGGCAGCGAUGUACGAGCCCUCGCACCUUUCCGUAUGUUGGGGUGCUGCCGGGACGAAUGUGUGACCGCCGGACAAAGUUACAUGGGUUUUCCUGCAUGGUGACGCUAUUGAGGCUAGGGAGAAUACAUCGGUAUGAAACGGGCCAUUUCCUUUUAACGCUAGGUGACGCUAUGACUGAACAUUUUUGCAUGGAAUUGUGUUCAGGCCUGAACCAGCAUAAUGUACCUUGGAGUUAACACAACACACUGGUGUGUAAUGGCCGCACUGUCAAGGCUGUUAAAGGACAACUCUACAUUUUAAUAACUUCUCAUCAUAAAGGUCUUCAGAUCAUCCUUGACUAAAAUUUUACUUGAUCAUAAAAGUUUUGUUGGAGGAGUUUGUAAAUUUAUAACGCCUGAAAACAAUGAAAAAUGACAAAAAAAAGCUGAAAUUGGCCAAUUCCUUGCAUCGCCCCCUAGUGUUUGAAUAGAAUGAAAAUUACGGUACGUUAGAGGAUGCGAUGUGGACAUAUGCUACAAAUGUGUUGAUAGGCCAAGUGUUUUGGAAGUUGUGUAUUGAUGAACUAAGCCACGCCCCUUAGAGGUUCAUUGGUCUAUAUCUUAACAGUAUGAGAUAUCAGGAAGCUUUUGAUGACAUUGAUACAAUAAAGAUCCUCAGAUUAUUUUGUAAGAAUCGGACUCAGCGUUUUGGAGGAGUUUGCAAGAAUGUGU